GAAGGCGAAUUUUCUGUACACAAGCCUGCGCGUGUGUUGGUGGUUGCGACCACGAACAUGUCUGCUGCUGCAGCCGCGACGACUGCUUCUGGCAACAUUUGUCGACAGGUACCGGUUCCGUCAACGUCGUCGCUUCUAGACAGUGGUAGUGCACCCCCGAUAUCAUGAGUGCCCUCGCACGUCAGAGCAGUUGGCGGCCCACCUGCGAGUCCGAGUGAGAAACGUUUGGCCCGCAUCUUCGACGACUACUACCGCUGCGACUGAUAUUUCGGGCACGACUGCGAUCGAGCAAUAGACGCGUACACGAUGCGACGGUUCAGGCGAGGACUUCGAAGACGUCCAGGACGCUUGAGGCAUCGCAGCUCUCUUCGCGGAAACUCGAUCACGAAAUGUCCAGGCCCGAUGACUGGAGCAGUAGCGGCUGCUCGCAGUAGCUAAGCUCGCGGCUACCGAUCGAGGGCAUGGACGCUAGGGCACCGCCUAUCAUUGGCUCGACGAGAUCAACGACGCAGGAGCAGAGAUACCAGCAAAAAUCCGGAGCAGGAGGAGGAAAGGCGACGAGCUUGGACGAGGGCGUGACGCUGCCGCCUUUGCCUCGCAGCUCGGGCCAGAGGACGAAAUUCGCGCCGGUGCCCAACUGGCGUAGCACGGGUGGCAGCGCGGCCAACUCGGUGCCGCCCGGCAUCGUCAAGCAGCAGGAUCUGCAGCGACGCCGACCCUACAAAGUCCUGGCGCUCGGAGCGACGCCGCUGAUGCACGCCUGCCAGCAAGCCGAUCGCGGCCGCGUACUGCGCCUGCUGCGCGACCAGGAGGAGACGAUCGGCUACCGGGAUCGAGGCCUCAGGAGCGCCCUGCACUACUGCAUGGACGCGGGCACGGGCGGGGCCGUGGCCCAGGCGGCCCCGGAGCUCGUCAACGCGCCCGACGCCGAGGGCCACACGGCCCUGCAUCUGGCCGUGAUCGCCGGCGACGCCCAGCUGGUGGCGGUGCUGCUGGCCCACGGCGCCGACGUCGACGCCAAGGACCUCGAGGGACACAGCGUGCUGCACUGGGCUACCGUAUGCGGCGAAGUCGAGUGCGUGCGCCUGGUGCUGGCCGCCGGGGCUAGUCCGUCGAGCGCCGAUUUGCGGGGUGGCUCGCCGCUCCACUACGCGGCUCAGUGCUGCGGGGCGGCCGCCACCUCGGAACUCAGCGUGCCGAAGAAAAUCGGCCUCAAAGUCCUGAAUACUCUGCUGGAGUUCGGCGCAGACGUCAACGCUCGCGACGAGGACGGCCGACAGCCGAUUUUAUGGGCCGCCAGCGCUGGAAGCGUAGAAGCCGUCCUGGCUCUCGUCAGGGCUGGAGGCUCGGCGGUCGCCGGUGCGUCGGACAAAGACGGCCUCACGGCGCUGCACUGCGCCGCCUCGAGGGGCCACGUCGCCUGCAUCGAGGCGCUCAUCAAUCUCUGCAAUGCUCAGCCCGAUCACGUGGACGACAACGGCUGCUCAGCCCUGCAUUACGCGGCCACACUCGGCCACGCCGAAGCCACGGCUCUGCUGCUGAAACUUGGCGCCGAUCCCAAUCGGCAGGAUCGAAAGGGCCGAACGCCGGUACUGUGCGCGGCGGCCAAGGGUCAGCUGGAGACGCUGAAAAUCCUGGCGCACGAGGGCGCCUUCCUGCACACGCGCACCGUCCGGGGCACGGGGGUGGCUCACGAGGCCGUCUCGUCGGGCCGGCUCGAGCUGCUCAAGUGGCUGCUCAAGCGCAAACCGGGACUGUUCGACGUGGUGACGCAGGAGGGCAAGACGCCGCUGCACGUGGCGGCUCUGCACGGCCACCUGGACGCGGCCAAGCUGCUCCUCGACAACGGGGCGAGAAUCAACGCGCUGCUCAGAUCGAGCAAGGGCGGCCUCAUGACUGCGCUGGACGCGGCUCUCUAUAAGGGUCAUCGGGACUGCGCGAAAUUGAUACAGAUGCACGGAGGAUUGACGGCGAUGCAUCUGAGGAAUCAGAAGAGCGGCCCGGCCAAAGUGUUUUCCUCAAAACUUCGAGUGCGUCACACCGACUCGGAAUCGUCGGACUCGGAGCAAUACGGCGAUCGGCAAGACGCGAGCGAGAAAAAACGCGACGAUCCGGGAGUCUACUACGAGGAGCGAUGGAUCGAGAAACGCUCGAGGCGCACGCGGGCCCAUCAACGCGGGGACCACGAGCUGCAGCGGACGGCGAUCGGAUCGCGCCAGGACAGCAGUCGCAGCUACAGCGAGGAGGAGCUGCGCGUGGCCAAGUCGACGUCGCGAGACCGCGCGAGGCACAACAACGCCACCUCGUCGUCGUCCGUCCAGAGGCAGAGGCGAGCUCGCAGCGAGAACGCCCGCUACGACGAGGACGAGGAUAUUCUUGAUUCUAGAGGCAGGAGACGACGAAGGAGGAGCGCGAGGCCGUCGAAGAAGAAGAGAAAAGCCGAGGAGGCAGCAUCAGCAGCAGCAGCGAGUCGUCACGGCGAUCGCGAGGCUGCCCCUGACGCAGAUCGCGGCCUACUCGUGCAGUCAUCCAACGCGAGCUCGGAGUACGUCGCGCCCGCGUCGAGCAAAGCCAGCGACGACGAAACGAGUUCGUGUGUAUCUGACGACAGUCUCGAGGUUGUAGUGGUCCGGCGCUCGCUGGAAAAGAAGACCGAGAAGAUAGUCUCGGGUAGUAGAGAGUCCAAAAUCGUGCGCGAAAUGUCCAAGGACACGUCGACGGAGUCGCGCAAGAUAUGCAAGAAGAAGAGGCAGUCGUCCAAGAGCAAGUCGUCGAGUCACGAGGCGCAAAAGAGCCUGGAGGACGACAGCACCAGUCAAGAGAACGUCGAACGAGUCGUGGUGGAAGCCGAUGUGCACGGUGACCAGCCGACGACGGAAACCGACGACGCCAAAGAUCAGCCGCAGGUCUCGGACGAGCAGAUGAGGAACAAGAUGAAUGACAUUUUAGAGAAGGCCGACGAGCUGCAAAACUCCUUGCUCAUCAAGGCAGCGGAUCUGCGAAAAGAUAUGGAAGAUAUUAGGCAGCAAAUGACUCAAAAAGUCGACGAGGUAAAGGACAAGAGAGAAGAAGAGGAGCAAGUAGAUACCGAUAAAAGAGACAGUUCGGUGGAAAAAGAUCGGCAAGAAUCGGUGGAACUCACUGACGAAUCAAAUGAAAAAUCUGGGAAUGCCCAUGAAGAUACUAACGAGCUAGCAAGUAAAGGAAAAAAUGACGGAGUGGUUGUCAAAGAUGAGGAUAAAAGAUCAGUUGAUACAACAAAACAUCUAGCGAAUGAAGUAGGAAAAGUGGAAAAAGCUGCGGACGAGUCUCAAUCGCCGAAAGACGAAGUCAAGGUUGAAAACGAAACGCAAGCGCAAGACAAGGCUCAAGCUCAAGAGAAUGUACAAGCUCAAACUCCAGGCUCAGAAAAUGUCCACUUAGUCGACGAAAGCUCCUCGAGCUCGCCACCACAUCCGAAAGCGUCACGUCGUCCGAGCAAAAAGCAACGUCAGAAACAAAAGCAGCAGCAACAGCAGCGUCAAAGCGACGACAAGGCCGAGAGUUCGAAUGAACAUUUUUCACCGGAUCACAGUGCGAUCGUCGCCGUUAUCGACAACUCGAGCUGGGAUGUGGUCAACGAAGACGACGAGGAGAUCGACAAAGAGAUCCAAAACGUCGUCGGCGAGCGCAACGAAGACGACGAAGAGGAAGACGCGGAUGAUUUGGGAAGCGACGACGGGGCGAUCGUCAGGGUUUUACCGAGUACGAGCGAGGAGGAAACUGGCCAAUCCGCCGGUGAUUCUUUGCCGCAGCUUCGAUCGCACGCGAUCAAAUCGUCGCAGCAGCAACAUCAGCAGCAACAGCAGCAGCAAAAAGAAGUGCGGCUUCGUCAGCGUCGAGACAGCGGCGGUCGUGACAGCGGCAUCGAGCCCAGCCCGCGGGUCUCUCGGAUACCGCGUCGCAGCCUCCGAUGCUGCCCCAACAGCGAGCGCCAGCAGGCCCUCAACAUGGACACGAUAACGCGCGACGUCCAGAUCAAUCUGCGACGCUACCAUCUCGAGCGCAAGAUCUUCUUCCAGCUGAUGGAGCUCAAGAGGCUGCAGAUACGGCACGGGCGCGCCAACGAGCAGGUCCUGGUGAAACGCCAGGUCGAGGCUUUUCACAGAGCCGGCAUGAGCGGACCUGCCCUCGGGGUGGCCAGAUACGAUCAAUCGUACACGUUCAGGAGUUUCGAGUCAUUUUUGUACGAGCAGCUGAGGCGAUUACAGAAGCGACCGGCGUCACCCGACUGGUGCACCGAGGCCAAGCAAUGCACCCAAAAGACUCACCGCUGUCAUCACGCAACAAGUGCCUACACUUCGCUACCCAUUUAUACGUAUUGUGGAUCAGGCCACGAGAGACCGACUAGUCUUCUACCGAAGAUCGAUGGUCGAGGCAAAGGGCAGAUGACGGUGGAAGUGACCCACGGCGAAGAGAAGCAAGUGAUCGCUUUACCCGCGGAGAAGCUCGAUCGCACCAAGAGGUACUUCGUGACUUUCACGGUACGCGGCGACGCUUCGGCUUCGGAGUUGGACAACUCGAGCAAGCCCAAGACGAGCGCAGCGGCUCUGACCGCGACGUCGGUCACUCAAAGGCAUACCAAAAGUGUCUGAUCGAUGUAAUAAAAAAAUAAAAGGAUCGCGUGUAAAUUGUGCUUUAUAUAUAACUACGUAUUUUCUUCCACGCGUGCUCACCACGAUUGUUUCUAUAAAAAAGACAGAUUAUGAUAUCAAUAAAUGUAUACGCAAUGUCCAUGCGCUUCGAUAAUAUCAAAGACACCGAUUUUUUAAAAUCAAAAUUUUGCAAGUCAGCUCGACGACGUAACUGCCAAUUGUUUGUUAAUUAUUGUAUUUGUGUACGAUGAACAUACUGUUUAUAAUGUUUUACGACGGUUUUGGACUUUCUAUGUACCCCGUAUCUAUUUGGAAGAGAUUGCUGUAAGCUGUCUUAAUUAAUUACCAAUCGUAGAGCAAAUAUUUUCAGAAUAAAAUUUCCAUGUAAAGCUAAACCUAGUAACCACUGAUAAUUUUCCAUUGCAAUUGUUUCUAAGUGCAAUAAAGAUGAUUUUAUUUCUUUGUACAAUGUAUUGAGAAUGAAAUGAUCGGCUUAUUCCAUGUAAUUUCAAGCUGUGUUUAGAGAUAAGCUCUGGUAUCGAUUCAUUGAUACCUUUAUUUUUUAUAGCUCUAGAACUGCUUUUUUUACGUUAACGUGAAGCUAAAAUAAUCCUAAUGUAAUAGUUUAUUACCGUGAUGCAUUAAUUGAAUGUGCUAGAAAAUUAUACAAUGAUUUACUAAUCUACUAUUUUAAUGAAUAAAAAAAAAACAAGUCCGUCCUCCGUUGCUUUUUAUAAUCUGUAAUAUUUUACGUUACGAUAAAUAAAUGUAAACGAAAAAAGAAUUGAAAAGUUCAAAGCAAUAAGGUAAACGUAAAAUAAUA